CCCAUCGACUGUAAUCCUCACUGUACCUAACGUCUGCGGAUAUUUUGGCGUUUUUAUUAGUUAAUUCAAAUAAGAUAAAAAUGGACACCUCCGGGAAAGAAAAGGAGGCUAUUCAGCUAAUGGCCGACGCCGAUAAAAAAGUGAAAUCUUCGGGUUCUUUUUUGGGAGGGAUGUUUGGAGGAGGUCAUCACAAAGUUGAAGACGCGUGCGAGAUGUACUGCAGAGCUGCCAACAUGUUCAAGAUGGCCAAGAACUGGAACGCGGCUGGAGGAGCAUUUUGCAAAGCCGCUCGUCUUCACAUGCAGCUGCAGAACAAACAUGAUUGUGCUGUCAGCUUCAUCGAUGCAGGAAAUGCUUACAAGAAGGCCGACCCAAACGAGGCUAUAAAGUGUUUGAAUGCUGCCAUCGAUAUUUACGCAGACAUGGGGAGGUUCACCAUCGCAGCUAAACAUCACAUCAACAUCGCGGAGAUCUACGAGUCUGAAAUGGUGGACAUUGAAAAGGCCAUUGCACACUAUGAGCAGGCAGCAGACUACUACAAAGGGGAAGAGUCCAACAGUUCUGCCAACAAAUGCCUUUUGAAAGUGGGAGCUUACUGCGCUCAGUUGGAGCAGUACCAGAAAGCCAUUGAAAUCUAUGAGCAGGUUGGAGCCAAUGUAAUGGACAACCCACUCCUGAAAUACAGCGCCAAGGAGUAUUUCUUCAAAGCCUCUCUGUGCCAUUUCAUUGUGGACGAGCUCAACGCUAAGAUCGCGAUUGAGAAGUACGAGGAGAUGUUCCCUGCGUUUUCAGACUCAAGAGAAUGCAAACUGCUGAAGAAACUUCUGGAGGCCCAUGAGGAGCAGAACAGUGAGGCGUUCACAGACGCAGUCAAAGAGUUCGACUCCAUCUCUCGUUUGGAUCAGUGGCACACGACUCUGCUUCUCCGCAUCAAAAAGACGAUCCAGGGAGACGAGGGCGAUUUAAAAUGAGUCCGUGGAGCCGUCACUCUGCAUGUUACACACAAAUAUACACCGAGGAACACAUAUCUAUCUAUAGUAUUCACAUCAAACACUGUCUAAUCUACGCUGCUUUCAAGUGCGGGCGGGAAAUUUGAGUUUUUGGCGUGUGGGGAGUUUCUAUUAUUUGUGUUGGUGGAAACGUAACAGCGGAAAAGAUGCUAAGUUACGUAUAAAUUGUAAACAGAUUUCGGUUAUUUACAUUUGGGGUUUACUGGAUUUAUGUUUGUCACAGCAGUUUUUAAGUGAAUAGUAGUUGUUAAUUUUAGUUAAGAGCAGUAAUGGAAGAAGUACUCAAGAUGGAGGACACAACACAACAAAAUAUCUACUCACUUUAUACAAUUUGAAUGGUGAAAAGUCCUUAAAAUGGCCGCUAUAAACAGAAAGCUAAAACCAAUGAGUGAAAGUAGUACUCAGUUCUGUUACUUAAGUAAAAGUACAGAUACCACAGCAAAAAAUACUCAAGUAAAAGUAAAAGUAUCACUUGAAAAAAUCUACUAAAGUAAAAGUAUUAAAGAAUCUGUUUAAAAAUGUACUUAAAUGUUCUCAGUUCUGUUACUUAAGUAAAAGUACAGAUUCUGGAGCAAAAAAAUACUUAACUAAAAGUAAAAGUAUCACAUGGAAAAAUCUGCUUAAGUAAAAGUAUUUAAAUACCUGUUUAAAAAUGUACUUAAAUGUACUCAGUUCUGUUACUUAAGUAUAAGUACAUACAACUGAAUGGUGAAAAGUCCUCAAAGUUAAACAGAAAGCUAAAACCCAUGAUUAGACCAUGAGUGGAAGUAGUACUCAAUUCUGCGACUUAAGUAAAAGUACAGAUAAUGCAGCAAAAAAAUACUAAAAGUAAAAGUAUCACAUGGAAAAAUCAACUUAAGUAAAAGUAUUAAAGUACCUGUUCAAACAUGUACUUAAAUGUACUUAAUUCUGUUACUUAAGUAAAAUUAGAUACCAGAGC